UGGACAUCGUCUAUGGAGGAUCCGCUGGACUUGUUGCUUUUAAAGUACAUUUAGCUGUUAAUCGAGUGAACUAUUAAUGCUCCUACUUUUCAGGUCGGGCAAGGAAUCAUGAAUAAGGUUGUUUUGGUGACGGGAGCAAACAGUGGCAUUGGCCUGGCACUGUGUGAGCGCCUCCUCUCACUGGACACAGAGGGUCUCCAGCUGUGUCUGGCCUGCAGGAACAUGCAGCGGGCUCAGGCAGCUCGCUCUGCCCUCCUGGCCUCUCACCCUAAUGCCCAGAUAGCUCUCCUGCAGAUGGACACCAGCAGCAUCACAUCGGUAUUCAGCGCUGCUCAGGAAAUUAAACUGAGGUACAAUCGUCUGGACUACAUCUACCUGAAUGCAGGCAUCAUGCCAAACCCACAGUUUGAUUUAAAAGCCUUCUUCAGAGGCCUCUUCUCAAGAAAAAUCAUCACCAUGUUUGCCACGGGUGAGGGAAUUCUGACACAGAAAGAUUGUAUCACCCCUGACGGGCUGCAGGAAGUUUUUGCAACCAAUCUCUUUGGCCACUUUUUACUAAUCAGGGAGCUGGAACCAGUCCUGUGCCAUGCUGGCUGGUCCUCCCAGCUCAUCUGGACCUCCUCCAGUAACGCUCACCGCUCAGCUUUUAACUUAGACGAUAUUCAGCACCAGCAAGGCACCCAACCCUACAGCUCCUCUAAAUACGCUUCUGACCUGCUCAGCCUGGCGCUGAACACACACCUUAACAAACAGGGUUUGUACUCAUCUGUCAUUUGUCCUGGGUUUGUGAUGACAAAUUUGACCUACAGGAUCCUGCCCUCCUUCCCAGCAUUCCUCUGGACCCUGCUCAUGCCUAUUUUUUGGCUUAUUAGAAUGUUUACCAAUACAUUCACUCUGACGCCUUAUAAUGGAGCAGAAGCUCUGUUUUGGUUAUUUAAACAAAAGCCAGAAUCACUCGACCCUCAAGCCAAGUACCACAGCUUAACAUCAGGGUUCGGUAGCAAUUAUACACAACCACGAAAGAUGGACAUUGAUUUGGAAACAUCAGAAGCUUUGUAUGAGAAACUGCUGCAGAUGGAAUGUGACGUGAGGAAGAAACUAAAAGACAAACAGAAUCAAUCUCAGCAUGGUCACAAUAGUCCUGUGUCCUUAAGAUGAAUGUAACAUAAUAGAAAUUAAAACGUCAGAUAUGUUGGGAUUAUCUUGGAGCAGUAUGCACUCUGUAAAACCGAACAAGUUGAAAAUACUCAGAAUUUUUGUUGAAACUGAUUACAUCAAAGCUUUAAAGUAGUGGGAAUACAUUUUGGAGUAUGGCCCAACUAAAAAUCUAUAUUUUACACUGUUAUCCCAAAUGAGUUAAUAUAAGCUCAAAAUAUUAGAGGCAGCUGAUUAUGUUGAUUUUUAAAGUAAUAUUCACAGAAAGAAACUGUAUUUGUUUCGUAGUAGCUACUUAGCAAUUUAAGUGAUAUCAAGUCAAUUUUACUCAUACAUUUAACCUACACGUUUUUCUCUUAUGUCUAUCGUAUAUAUCUUGAACAUUCAUGCCACCCAAAGAAGGCAAACUUCAGUGACUGUAAGUGAAAACUGAAAUGUGCACUCUACAUCAGGAAGUCCUCUUCCAUCAUGUUCAGUACACCAUCCACUGUAUACUGGGGUUGCUCCCUACAGGUGGGACCAGUGGCAGAUUAAGCCAUUUUGAGGCCCUAGGUGAACACUGGCAGAGGGCCCUUCACAUCCAUUCUCCCCCCUUUUAAAUUCUUAUUCAUCAGAGAAAGACCGAUGUAACGAUGUGAAUCCAACCAUAAAUGACAGUUAAGCUUUGUUUGUUUUGAAUAGAAAUGUCAAAGCAGGUUUCCAAAUUUACCAUUUGGGGACUCUAAAAGGACGUAUGGUAACCAAAUCACAUCAGAGAAUACACAAUUUUUAUGUUUAUUUCAAUGAAAAAUGACAGUUUACUAAGAUAAAAAGAAAUCUGGGCUCCAUUUAGAUUUCUUUCUCUUCUGGUCAUGUUUUACAAACCAAAAUCUCUCAAAAAAUGACCAAAUUUAUUUAUUUGCUAAUAUUUUGUUAAAAUUAAUUGUGAAAUAUUAGGUAAAAUAACAGUCACAACAACUGACUUGUUUUGGUGUUUUUCAUGUGAUUUUUUUAAGAGAUAUAAGUCACACUAAUGUUAACAUGUUAUUUACAUUUUAUCAUUUGCAGCUGGCUUUUAUGCCACAACAACAUGAACAAGUUUUACUUGACACUUUUAGCUUUUAAUGAGUGUGUUAACUCCUUAGAAUUCCAAAUGGGUGGCCAGGCCAGUGCAGGAGACACGGUUAAUUUUUUAUUCCCCAGGCAAUUGUAUUGUAUAUUCUUUUACAUCUCCUGCCUAGGGACCACAAAUGAAAAUUAGCUUUAUAGUUAAUUCUGGCUUGUCAGUUUUGUUUUACAUGGCCCCUGUCAAAUAAACUAAUAAACUCAUCUAAUUACCUACCUUUGCCUUAAGGUAAAAUCCAGGAGACCUGUCUGACUGAGUCAGUAACUUCACUCAUGGUGCAAAAGAGUCUAAUGCCCAGCGGCAUUCUGGGAAAACUGCAGAUUUAGGGGAUGAUUCUUCAUUAUAUGUCAUUGCAUGUGAAUAUGAUGACAAAAAAUAGUUACAGUUAUUACUUAAAGCUAAUUCUGUCUGUCAGAAAAAUAGAGCUGAAAUUGCUAUUUUGGAUUUUUAAACUUAAGUCAAUAUUUUAACAACCAUCAACUGUUCGGUCUGACAGUGCACAGCUGUGCAGCGUCAGAGCAUGUAUUUAUUUUGAGCUUUACACAACAGAAGGUAUCCUGGUCAAAGAAGACAAGUGAGAUCAAAUGAAGUUUGUUUAUUGUCGGUUUCAUCCAUAUCAUCGUCAGCUGUAACGGCAAAUGUGGUGGGAAGAAUGGUUGUACAA